AUGCGCGGUAUUCUCCCUGGGCGACCCCAGGCUAAGCUCCAGGCUGUCGCUCAUGGCCUGUGGGACGGCCUCCAGAUAAUCGUCUACAUCUCCGGUAAUGCGCUCAUCGUCCUCGACCGACCAAACCACGUCCUGCAAACCAUCUACAUCGACGAGGAAUUCGAGCUCGAAGCAGUCGCCAUUGACCAAGGCACCGGCAAACUCGCGGCAUGUUCGACGCGACGCAUCUACAUAUACCGGCCAUACGGGCAAGAUGAGGGGGCCGUCAAGUGGUCGCAACAGGGCAGCAUGUCCCUUUCCGAUGUCGACGACCCAAUCACGACGCUCUCGUGGGGUAUGCCCGACGAAUUGCUCGUUGGCAGCGCCUCCCUCACCCUCUUCAACACGCACAGCGACAACAUAGAACGCAUAUGGACCAAGCAGCUGGCAAACCCCGUCAAGUUUGCCCAUUUCUCGCCCGAUGCUGAGUUGAUAGCUUCAACAGGCAGGUACGACCGGCUGCUGAAGAUAUGGCGGCGCACCUCGUUUGGUUCCGCCGACCAGAGCUUCGAUUACUUCUACCUCGCACACCCCAAAGCCAUUACCGGCUUGCAUUGGCGACACCCGCACCACAAGGACCAGUCCACAGACAAUGUACUAUAUACAAUAUGCGCAGACCAGAGAGUGCGAGUCUGGGUUCCAGGUGAGCACCACGGGGUGGAUGGAAUGCACAUGUGGGCAGACGUGGACCUUGUCGAGUCGAUAAUGACACGACAUGUGCCGCUGGAGCAGCAGUCCACCAAGAGAUAUGCCUUCUUUAUCGACGGAAAACACUUCACUCACGCGACGGAAAGAGCCAUGCAGCAGGCGUCAGCAGAAGAAAAGGACCACGGCAUCGCCCUGCAUCACCUGAUCGAAGUCGCGAAUCGCAACCCUGAGAUAUGCGUCGUGCUGGAUGAUAGAGGCAACAUGUCCGCGUGGGGGUUCGAGAACGUGGGGGCUAAGCAGAAGAAGGUCACCGAUGUUUUCAACAUUGCCCAUGUAGACGGACUGCAUCUGCACUUUGCCAAGGAACCUAAGACCAUCGAGGACAAUGUACAGUUCUACGCUUUCAUCGGCGAUCAGCCAGACUCCGAGCUGACACUGCUGUCGCAUCACUUUGACGGGCGGAUCGAAUGGCUAGAGUCGCGCAUCGACUACUUGUUCGACCCCUCAUCGCAACCUCAACGCAUCCAGCGGAAAGCCAUGUGGACAGGGCAUUCACAUGCCAUCAAGAAGGUCAAUCGUACGGCUAGUGGAAGGGCUUUGGUAUCACGCACCACCACUGAUGAAAUCAUCGUGUGGUUACAGCGACAGAGCGAUCAAGGCAUGACACUGCAUCGACAUAGCAGUGUCAAAGUGACGGAGCAUAUCCAUCGCACCGCCCUCUUACAAGAGGGCAAUUACGUUGUUUUCUUACACCAUGACGCAAUCUCGCUUUGGGAUACCCGCGGUCAUGAAGCCGUUGAGGUGACACGUUCUGCGUAUAGAUUACAGGGCAAGCCUUUGUGCUUAUUAGUCAUACCUGAGGUCGAAGCUGGCGGGAACCGCGUGCACAUCGCCACCAUUAGUGCCGAAAUAAAGGGCAUAUGCUGGGAGGUUACACUGCCAACACCAGAGCGCGAUCCAAUCACAGGUCGCAAACUCUCUGCCGUCGCGCAUACCAAUGGCUAUACGAACGAUCAUUCAGACAUCGCACUCAGGCAUUUCUCUACCUUCGACCUAGGAUCAGGUGACGAUCUUGCCUUUGUACUACCUGUAGAUCCUGCGGGUACGGCCCCCGUUAUCUCAGGGUUCCUCGACACAUUUGCGCGAGAUGUAGCCAUAUCAUACACAACAUCCGGGAUCAUCAAGUCGUGGACUGCACGCGUCAACGUCGACGAACAGAAGUUGGACUGGCUGAUGACCUCCGAGGUCGAGACUGGUGUGCAAAGCCCAUCACUUGCCAGUGGCACGUCCAUACGUAAAGCUGCACUGGUCGAUGCUGAUCGAACGACGCUUACCAUAUGGAACACGCGAAGUGCCCAGUUGGAGUACGAAGAGAGAUUUGAAGGCAACGGCAUCAUCCAGGAUCUCGACUGGUCAUCUACCCCGGACAAUCAGUCCAUCCUUGCUGUUGGUUUCCCCCACCGAGUCGUCAUCUACGCUCAGCUUCGAUACGACUACCUCAACGCCGGCCCAUCUUGGGUGCAGAUCCGCGAUGUGCGCAUCCGCGAUAUCACGCCUCAUCCGAUUGGCGAUUCAGUAUGGCUAAGCAGUGGCAAUCUCGUCAUUGGUGCAGGCAACCAGCUCUUCAUCCAGGACGAGCAUGUCCAGGUGUCGGAAGGGCUGUUCCCAAGCUUGCGUACCAUCUCUCGCAAGACUGCAUCUAUUGACAUUUUCAAUGCCGUUAGUCGACUCAACGGUCCCCUUCCCGCCUACCAUCCCCAGUUGCUCUCACAAUGCGUAUUGGCUGGCAAGCUGCUAUUAGUCCAGCGCAUCCUGAUCCGCCUCUAUGCUACACUCAAGUUCUGGAUCGAAGGUGAGGAGCUGGAUAGCUCGUUGGGAUUCUCACCUGAAGACUUUUCAGAAGCUGAGACUCAAAUGACUGCAUCGCGGAAAGAGAUACACGCGUCGUACGCCGACUUCUCAGAUGAUAGCGAACCCGAAGCUGUCACCGAAGAAGUCGCGUCCAAUCUCAAGGAACUCUUGACUACCAAGCGGAUACCGCUUUUGUCCAGUCGCGAACAGUUUCGACUGGCCGAUGUUAUUGAGUGUAUUGGUAUGGUUGAGAAGCAUCGCCGAUCGAUCGACGAUAAUGCUGGACGCUUUUUAUUGUUCUUUCGUCAACAUGUGCUGAGCGAAAUGCACAAAGGCCCUAUAUCGUGGCGCGAGAUUAUAUGGGCGUUCCACUCAGGAAGCCAGGAUAUCCUCGUUGACCUUGUUAGCAGACACUUCAGCGGCAAGAUGAUGUGGCAGCACGCAAAGGAAUGCGGAGUAUUUAUGUGGAUGUCCGACAUCAACGCAUUGCGCGCUCAAUUCGAAGUCAUCGCUCGAAACGAAUAUACCAAAACUGAAGAGAAGAACCCUGUCGACUGCGCGCUUUACUACAUGGCUCUCCGGAAAAAGACAGUCCUCGUCGGUCUUUGGCGCAUGGCUACUUGGUCGCGUGAACAAGGCGCAACCCACCGCCUCCUUUCCAACAACUUCUCCGAAGAGAGAUGGAAAACUGCUGCGCUGAAGAACGCGUACGCACUUAUGGGCAGAAGAAGAUUCGAAUAUGCAGCGUCCUUCUUUCUCCUCGCUGACCAUCUCCAAGACGCCGUCAGUGUCCUGCAUAAUCAGCUUGGCGACACACAACUCGCCAUAGCCGUUGCCCGCGUCUACGGAGGCGACGACUCACCCGUCCUGCUAACGUUUCUGAGAGACAAGAUUCUACCACAAGCUGCUAGGCAAGGAAACAGAUGGCUAGCAACAUGGGCGUACUGGCUGUUGAACAAGAAAGACAUGGCAGUUCGCUCCCUCGUCACACCCUUGUCUACUCUCCUCGAAACCUCGGAGCCACCCAGUUCGGCGGCGAAGUCUUAUCUCACAGACGACCCGGCGUUGGUGGUCUUGUACAAGCAGUUGCGCGAAAAGUCGCUGCAGACACUCCGCGGCGCCACCAUGAUUGGUAUGCGCGAGGAAUGGGAUUUCGUGCUGCAUACGGCUGGGCUGUACGAUCGUAUGGGUUGCGACGUCCUGGCGCUCGAUCUAGUCAGAGGGUGGGAAUUCUUGUUGCCGCCGCCACAGACAAAUGUAGGACCUGGACGUCCGCCGCUUAGUCCCGAGAUGCCAAGACAGAGCUACUCAUCGGCGCAAGGGGGAGGAACAGGAGGGAGGGAUGCGACGACGGACUUCGACUUUGAUCCUAGGAAGUUGCUGCGCAGGAGGAGCUCGCUUGUCGUUGCUGACCUCCCGGUGCGCGAGCAUGCGCACAAUGAGCUUGCGGAGAGUAAGGGGACGUUGGAAGAGGGCAGGGAAAGCGGAGAUGACGAUGAAGACAACGGGGAGGGGAAUCGGAAUAAUGAGACGGACGGUGGUGAGAAAGGAAAGGAUAAGGACAAGGAGAAGAAGAAACCGCCGCCGACCCAGUUCCACGAGCCUGAUGCGAACAGUUUGUUGGAUGCCUUUGGCUUCUAG